GCAUAAUGUCCGGUCCCAGAGCCAGAGCAAUGCAGAUAACCCUUCAAGGUAUCAGAGAGAUAAACCUUGCCUUCUGCCCUUUUGACAGAUAUGCCGGUACUUGGGAAGUCAGAGAGUAUUUCAACAAAGUCUCCAAUCCAGUGGUUAAGAAGAGUAACCCGGAGUGUACUGUUAACAUGAAGGUGUUACACGAUAACAGUCAGCCUCUAAUCCGCGUUCUUUACUCUGACACAGAAGAGAUGACGUACUACCCGCGGACAAUGUCCCUGUCCAACAUUAUGAGGGACAUCCACAACACAACCAGACGGAAACUAGCAGACCAGGACAUCCCGGUUGACUUUGGUGUCGCGUGGCGGUACUGAGC